GGAGCAGCAGUGUGGAGGUGUGAGUCACAGAAGCCGUGUAGGAGGAGUUAAAGUAAGAUGGCUGCGGGAAAGGGAAGAGUGUUUGAGAAAUCAUCAAAUGGGAUGUUUAUCUGUCGCUAACAGGAUGCACAGCAGCCCGAAUGAAGGAGUGGUUAAUUUGUCAGCUUCGCCGGCUCAGUUUGGUCUAGCACGCCAGUUGUCUCCAGGUUAUUUUCGCGCUGAUCAUCCGUUAACUGCUCUGACAUUGUGGAAUUCAUUAGCAGCUAGUCGUUAGCAACCUAGCCCUAACGUACUAGCAACCAGCUAGCAGGUAUCCGUGGACAGCACCUCGCAACAAACUGUUGAGACAAAUACAAACACCCAAGCACGGAGUGCCUGUCCUGACUGGCUAUGGAGUGGAGUUGGCUUCAGACUGGAUGACAGGGUCUACAGGGAGGACAGGGUCACACAGUCUCUAAAGCAGCAGUGGGCUUUUCCUAGAUGUACACUGACUGGCAGUGACAGCCCAUUCAGGCGACCUCCUUCACCUCCUCCUCUCUGUUUAGAUACACUUUCCCUCCCCUUUAUCCCCCUUCUCUCCUCCCCUUCUCAUUCUCCUUCCCACAUCAUCUUUUAAUUUUCUUCCCCUCUUCCCUUCUUCUCUCUGCUUUCUUUUUUUACUCUGACCUUUUACGGGAACUCUUUCUCCCCCACCUUUUGAGUUCUUGUGACUUUUGACCGGCCUCCCACCGGGUCCAGUAUGAGCUGGCUGAGCAGGUUGAACCCACGGGGUCCCGGGAGUCGGUCCGGCCGGAGUGCUGCCCCCUCCAGCCCCUGCACUGCUGACCCAGAGACCUGCCUCAUGGUGUUUGAGAACCACUGGAGACAGGUCUCUUGGGUGUUGGAGCAGCACGAACCUUCAUCCUCCAGCGAUGACCUGACAGCCGUGAGGAAUCACACAGACCAGAUGUUAUGUCUGUUGGCGGAGGAGAGGCCCGCCGACAGCUCAGAGGGCGGCGCCAGCGUGCCACCCAUGGGCCCCAUACUGGAGCUGGUGGUCACUGAGAAUAUUCUGGAGUGCCUGGUUCAGUGGCACCUCCGCCGCGGCCUGGACCCGGACAGCCAGGGGGCCCUGCUCAAGCUGUUCGAGAUGCUCAUCGGCCAGUCCCAGCAGCCUCUGCUGCAGCACACAGCCAUUCUCCACCCCCUGCUGAGGCUGCUGGGAGCUUGCGCUGACCCAGAACUUGGCUGUCCUUCAGCCCUGGAGAACAGCCUGGUACUGCUGCUCAACCAGGUCUGCGUGACCAUGGCCCGGCAGCCAGUGGUUCUAGAGAUGUUGUUCCGGGCAGCGCCAGCCCAGCAGGGCUCCACCAAUCUACUGAUCUUCUCCCUCCUUGUGCCGUUCAUCCACCGGGACGGAGCCAUCGGACAGCAGGCCCGAGACGCGCUGCUGCUGGUCAUGGCGGCCUCGGCCAGCCACGAGGCCGUGGCACGCUACAUCGCUGAGAACUCCUACUUCUGCCCGGUGCUGGCGACGGGCCUCAGCGCGCUCUACUCCUCUCUGCCAAGGAAGAUCGAGGUUCGAGGAGACGACUGGCACGCCCUGCGGCGGGAGGACUGGAUGAACGUGUCGUCCCUCGUGUUGUUCAUGAACUCGCUGGAGUUCUGCAAUGCUGUGGUGCAAGUCGCUCAUCCCCUGGUCCGCUACCAGCUCCUGGACUACCUCCACAACGGUUUCCUUGUACCUGUCAUGGGCCCUGCCUUGCACAAGUCGUCGGUGGAUGAGAUGAUCGCCAGCACCGCCUACCUGGACCUUUUCCUGCGUAGUGUGACUGAGACUUCCCUCCUCAAAACCUUCCUGCGCUUCAUCCUGCUGCAUUGCCACGACAACGACACCAUCCUGGACACACUGCUCACGCGCAUCAGCAGCAAUUCAAGGCUCUGCAUGGUGUCGCUGAGCCUCUUCAGGACUCUGCUCUCCCUGCACUGUGAAGACAUCAUGCUGCAGCUCGUUCUCAGGUAUCUACUGCCCUGUACCCAUGUAAUGUUGAGUCAGCGUCGUGCCAUCAGGGAGACGGACAUUUAUGGAAAGUCGGCAGACAAGUUCCUGUCGCUGAUCCCAGAGUGCUGCCGGCUGAGUGCGGCGCCCUCUGCUGACCGGGAUGAGGACAAUGCAUUCUGGGGCAAAGCAAUGAACAGUCCGAGCACAGAGUCUCCAGCCCCGCCCAGACCCAGCACCCCGUCCCGCUUAGCCUUCUUCAUCCGCCAACAGAGCAGUGGAGGAGGAUCAGGAGGAGGGGGUUCCCCUACCCCCACCAGCAUGGAGCCACAGCAGUCGGGUCCUGCCAGCCCCAUGUCCCCUGACAGCCCGAUGCACCAGCAGCAGACAAACACUGAGUGUCUAGAGUGGGACUCGGGUUACCUGGAGUACCUCAAAGAUGCUCGGCGGGACAUCGAGCUCUGCUCCUGGGCCUGCCGUGAUUGGUCGGCACCCUAUGAUGGCGAAAACCCCUCCCCAAACACAGCCCCUCCUCCCCCGCCUCCCCCUACCUCCAACCCCUCCAUGGCUAUGUUCCCGGAGCACUUCUCUCUGCAGCAGGGAGGAAACAGUAACACUCCUCCCGGCCAGCAGAGGGCGGCCAUCGUGGCUGCUGCGCGGUCAGAGUGGAGCAGCUCGGAGCGGGACAGCGGAGAGUGGGACGUUACGAUCGGCAAAAACAGCUGCAUCAGCCUCACACCACGCUCCAAGAAACGCAGCCUGCAGAGAGAAGAGCUCCUGCCGAAACCUGUACCUCCUCUCGUCCCGUCCUCCUCGUCUUCAGCCACCCCUCUAUCAACGUCCCACGCCGCCUUGUCCACAGCUCCGCACAUUCCCACCUCUGCCAUCACUGUUAGCUACCAGGCCAUGUACAAUGGAACAAUGGGACAGAGGGACAGCUGCUCAGACAGUCAGGACAGAGGGCUGGAAGUAAAGAAAGUGAAGAGAGAUUUGGGGGAGCAGCAGUAUUUGGAUGAAAAUGCAAAUCAAAAUGGAUCCCUCGUCACACGCCCCUCCCAAAGCUGCCCCAGUCUCCCACAGUCCAUUUUUAGCAACAGUGACAUCAGUGAUGCAAAAUCUCUUUGCCCUAACCAGAUUCCCUCACAGAGCUCCAUUCCCCAGCCAACGCCUGACACCAAACUGCUGACCAGCGACACCUCAAACCCGCACAGUGCAUCCUCAGAGCUUCCAGAAGCCAACCAGACGCAACAAUCUGUAGAGAGUCUCAUCGAGGAGCUGCUGGAGCAGGCACCAGGAGACUCCCAGCUCUCCGGAGACUCCAACGGUCAAGGCAUCAGCAUCGAGGCCUUCACACAGGAACUGCGGGAGCUGGAGGACCGGGUGAAGGAACGCAGCAGAGCAGCCUUACAGCAGGAGGAAACGGCCAGAGAGUCCCUGACCGCUGAGCGGCAGGAGGAGGAGCAGCAGCUGUCCUCAGCCCUGGAGGCGAAGCUGACAGGCGACACAAAAGCAGAGGGGCCUGUGGUGGGCGUUUGUAGUCCUGCCAGACCACUAAAUCAGCCUGCAUCUCAGCCAUACACAGGUCCAUUCAUGGUGGUUCUGUUUGCCAAGCUGGAGAACAUGCUCCAAAACUCGUUGUACGUCAACAUCCUGCUCACGGGCAUCGUGGCCCAGCUGGCCUGCUAUCCUCAGCCCCUCCUACGUUCCUUCCUGCUCAACACCAACAUGGUCUUCCAGCCCAGUGUCAAGUCACUGAUCCAGGUUCUAGGUUCUGUGAAGAACCGUAUCGAGGCGUUUGCAGCCUCCCAUGAGGACUUCCCGGCCAUGCUGAAGAAAGCCCAGCAGUACCUCGUGGCCCGAGGCAAGGUGGACUGGAGUGACUCGCCUGCAGCUGUUCCCACCCUGCGGCGCUCGGAUUCACUAGUGAAGAGUCGUAAGCCAUCUCUCGGAGACCUGAUCCUCCGUCACACCAACAGCCCCACCCGGGCCCGUCACGCCGCUCAGCUGGCCCUUGCGCACGUACGGGACGGCAGCCAAUCACUGCACAGCGCUCUGUUCCGGGGAGGGGCAGGCGGAGGGGCGUCUGGCCUGGAGAAGCAGGCCGAGGCGCUGCGAGUGAAGAACGCCGUCUACUGUGCCGUCGUCUUCUGCGAGUUCCUCAAAGAGCUGGCUGCCCUGGCUCAAGAGCACGCCGUCACUCUGCCCUUCCCUCACAGCCAGGAAGCAGAGGAAUAGACGGUAAACACAAGACUCUUCAAAUCUAGCUCUUAGCCUCCAUUUGUUUUUGUUUUAGGCUGUAAACAGAGUUCUGUAGGAUUCUCCAAUCACCAGAGGACAGACUGGAGCACUGAGACUUUUCUGUCACUGAAGUGGGUCGUCUGCACAGACAAAAGCAAGAGGAAAACAGUCGCAUUUUUGUACCAAAAUCAUUAUAGGAUACCUGUAGGACUGGAAGAAUUUUCCUUAUCUGUAAACUUAUAUGAUAUUGUGCAUAUCAUGUAUUAUAUUUACAUUCUAUACACAGAAAAUCUCAGUAAAUGCUUGAGAUUUGGGAGCUUGUACAUACACAUACCAUGUCAUGGUAUAAUGUGACACAGUAAAGCCACAGAUAUUAGAAAUAGGUGCACAUAUUGGUGCUAGUCGAUACUCUUACGUUGGAAGGGUGCUUUCAGGCGGCACAGAGGAGAAGAAGGUUUUAUCCUCAACAAAUGAUAAACACCAAAAAACUGUUUGGCAGGAAAACAGUGAAAGUGUAGGCGAGUCAAUUAAUGACAAAGUGAUCCAAUCAGAUUUGGCCAUCUCUCGUCGACAACCUCAUCUUUGUCUUUUGUCCUCUGGCCAAUAGAGAAAGCUCACAGAAAAACAGCUCCCAGUAACAUUCAAGCACCUCAAGUGUCCAUUUAGUUUUCAAAAGGCUCCACUGCUGCAAAGACUAGUCAUCAAUGAAUGAGAUAACUGGAAGAGGUGAUGUGAGGUGAGAGUGCCACCUUCUCUCCUGUGAAUCAGCACGACCACCACAAAUGUACUGGAAAACUUUUGGUAAUUAAUGCCGUUUUUAAAAAGAUAUUGUUUUAAAUGUGUUUUUGUUUUUUGCAUUUGCGCCACUUUCUAGACAUAUCAGCAACACGUGGGAGCAGGUGUGUCUGUGGUUGUGUGUGUGUGUGUGUGUGUGUGUGUGUGUGUGUGAGUUUGUUGUAAAAGUGACUCCUUUCUAAAAGGUGACGUCAGCUCUUCAGGCCAUCGGUAAAGCCAUUCACCUGUUGCCAUAAAAGAGGCUGCGGCAUUGAAAAGGCAUCACUGCUUUACGAUUCAUGACUUCAGUUUUUCAUUUUAGUCUUUCUUCAUUUUUUUAAAGACCCGAGUGUCUGCGAGAAAAAGGGCGAGAAGAGAAGGGAUUGUUUUUCAAGGGAGCGUUGUCAUGAUUUCCAUUUACUUUAAACUGACAGCUGAAAAAAGGUCCUUGUGAGGCAUUCACUGACUUUUUCUAUAAACAGAUCUUCGUGUGAGUGUGAGCUAAAAAAAAUAAAUAAAAGCUUAUAAGAAGCGGUUUCCAUUUCAGUUUAUAGAUUUUGGUUUUAGUUAGCUUGAAAAACGUAGUGUCUUUUUGGGUGAGACAGGCCAAACUGAACAUCCAAACCGUUCAUCUUGGAAUUUAACAUGCUGCUAUUUUUUUAACACCCAUUUCUAUCAGUGUAACAGCUACUAUCUCUUCAUUUCAUUGUUAGGUACCAAGUAUUAAAUGUGUAUGUGAGGAUGCGGAAGAAGUCAGUGCCAGUGUUGUGAUUGGCGUUUAAUUUAUUUUGACUGAGGUUGAAUGAAAUUGCAGUCGCAGUGUUAAAAGCUUUUGCCAAGACAAAAAUAUUCUCUUUCAACGUUGAGUGACCUUGUGAGGCUCGGAAUUGUUGCAUGUUGGUAGAUUUUUUGUUUUUUGUUUUUUGAUGAAGAUGGUGGUUCUUCAUUUCACAGGUCUGUAACUUUUUAAAAUAAUUUUCUAGUUCUUUUCGGUAAAUUCCUCCAGGAAAUUACGAGAAAAUUGUUAGGAGAAGAACCUGUAAAAAUGAAGCAUUACCUGUAUGACUGCAGUGUGAAAUCCAUCAGUGACCCAGCUUUUUGCACAUACUAGCCAUUCUCUCUACUGCCAUCCUGCAAAGUCUUAAUCUCUGAAAUUGAAAACCACAUUUUUCUUUUUUCUUUUUUUGACAACUUUCAUCUUUCUCAACAAGUUGAAGCCUCCUCAACUUGUCAAAGCCAUAUCCACGGUCGUCCUGUUUGUAAAUGUACUCCAUCACUGCUGUAACUCACUUUUCUACAGGAUUUCUAGACACAUUUUGUAACACCCCCACUGUUUGUUUUUAACAAAUACCAUUAGUACGAGUGUCUGCAUGUCAGUAAAGGUCAGGUUUCUAAUUAAAUGAUAAUUAAAUAGUGUAGUUUGGUCUGUGCAACAGUGCUGAGCUUCAAUUAGCUUCCAUGCUGUAGGAUUUUAGUGGUUUUAGUGAGUCAUCCCGGUGCCUGCAGAGAUCAGCAGCGACAACAAGAACAUGUUUCACACUGAAUGUUUGCUCUCGGCUAAUUAAAUUGGUAGAGAAAUCACUGCUGUAAUUUACCCACUGCCUUCCGUCCGUCCAUCUGUUCACCGAGUCUGUUGUUCAUCCACGUGUUCAGAACGAGAUUAAUGUUUCCCUUAAGGCCAGAGGGUCUCUCUGCACUCCUCAACUCCACUCAAGAUUGUGUUUUUUUUUUUGCAAACAGUUCUGUUAAAGAUCAGACGUAUAUUGAGCUUGAUGGUAAAUGUUCAUCUCCUCAGUAGUAUCACUUACUCGGUCAGUGGCAAAGUAACAGUGCAGUUAGUCAGGUUUAUGCAUUUCUGUGAUACGUUUGUGGACACCAAAGACAAUCUCUCUGACAGUACGUGAAACUCCCUGUGUCUCUGUUUAUGCAAUCAUAGGCAGUUUAAUGGUGCACUGUCUGAACACGUCUUUAUGCAGCACUUUUUCCAUAUUCAAAUAACUUCCCAAAAUAAUCUGUUAUGUAAUACAGUAGCAGUUAAAUGGCCAAAUUAAUUAUGAUGAUAAAGUUGUGCUCGCCAAGUUAACUGGUGCUACAGCAAUUUCAGAUGAUACAACCGAUGAAAAUAAGACCCAAGCUGUAACAACCCUGAAUUAAGGUUAAAAAGGCGACAGGACGAGGUUGUUUUUGAAGCUCUCGCCGCAUUGGAACGAAGGGAACUGCUUAAUAACCUUAAGCUGCAGAAUUUAAACUGCUAGCAUUGAUCCUCUGUGACUGAAAAUGGGAUUUUAGCUCAUGUACACGUCUAGACUUCCCACAGUCAUUUCUCACUGCUUACGGUUUGUAUUUUUUUUUUUUUUAUAUUUACUUGUUUUUCAUUCUUAAGAAUACAAAAGACAUAAUUGUGACAAAGUUUGUAAUAGGGUGUUUUUAUAGGGGGAUUAUUUCCUACCAGGGACUUUGACUUCUUCCCGGAGUUGUCAGACGACAGACUGAAAGCAGAACUUCAUACAGUGCAGCGCUCAACAAAAACAAAACUAAAUAUAAUAAAAACAGGGAGUUUGACAAAUGUAAUCAAGGCUUAGUGGUGUUAUGGUUAUGGUUUGUUAUGGUUUACCUCACUUUAAGGAAGCUGUUGUUCAUACUCCUUAACACUGAACGGCAGCAAAUGGCUUCCUCUGCUGGUAGAGAAGUGAGUCCAACUGUUCAGACAGCGGUGUGUGUCGUCUGUUCAGAACACACCGACACUCAUUUUAAUUUGCAUUUGAGAAGGGGAUUUUGAUUUCUGACAAUGCAGCAACUACCACAUCUGGAGGCUGAAGCCGUUACAGAAAUGUCUUAACAGCAGAAACUGUCGCCAAACAAAUCUCAUUAUAAAUGAAGUGACGGAGAAAACCAAAUCAAUGAUCUCUCUUAAGAACAGUUAAAUAUAAUCAGUGCACCACAGUGAGUUAGGGCCGCGAAAUGUAUCAGAUCUUAUGUUUGUGAAUGUGUUGGCUUGAAUAACAGGCGUCUCAGCCAUGGUGGUUGCUGAAUAACAUAAAAAUGUUGUUUGUUUUUUUACUCUAAACUGACAAAGAUGGUGCUGAGUGGUGAACCCAAAGCUAAGCUUCAAAAAUGUGUGUAAUGUCACAGAUUUUUUUUUGUUUUUGUUUUUUUCCUGUCUAUCUCAGACAGUUGUACUUGAACACUACAUUUACUCCGUCACUUAAAAAAACAGAUGAACAUUUAUUCGUUUUGGCUGAAUUCAGAGCAUGUUAAGUCUUGAGAUUGUGUGUUUUGUUUAUUCAAGGGUACAUGCAAACAACAAGCCAAAGUCUUCAAAUGUCACUGGCUUUCAUUUGAAUUGGAAAUAUAUCAUGCCCUUUUGUUUCAGGGUGGGUUAUGAUUGGCUCUUCAACACAAUUAAACUCAAAAAUGGGUAAAAAUAAUUCAUAUUUUCAAAUUGCUGAGCUGAGCUGAGCUUCACGUGGCAAAGCUGUGUGACAGAUGAAGCUUCCACUUUAACGUCAGUAAAAAGCACAUGUGUUCACACACUUCCUCUGACAGCCUCAGUUUGAAGCUUGAAUUUGUUUGCACGGCCGAUUUACCACUUCAUUUACACUUUGUGCCAUGUUUUUUGUUUUUUUUCAUAUGUUGAUUUGUGUUGCUUAUCAUGGGAUGUAAAGUAUGUGCAGUAUCUUUUCACUUUGCUUCUUUCUUUGGAAAAGCUUUUGACUUGUCGCUUAACAUUUCUCCCCUGUGAUCUAUGCAACACAUGCUCUAAUCGUCCCCUGUUUGAAGCUGAAAAGGUGAUGUGGAUUGAUUUAAUGUGUAAAUACUGUAAAAAGCAAAGGGUCAGAAAUGCAGAGGUAUGUGAAAUAAUCAACAGGACAGAAUGGAAAUCAUGCUAAAAUAAUGUAAUGAUGAAUGUUGUCAGAAAUAUUUUUCUAUAUUUUGAAAUCAUUAGAAAAAAGGACAAAAAUACAAAGUGGGAAAAAGCUGUCAGAAGAACACUACAAAGGGAAUGUUUUUAUUAAUUUAUAAAUUCUUUGCCUAGCAAUAUC